UAGCUAGAUAGAUAAACCAGAAAAACUAAACCAACACCUUCUCCAGAAACAGUAAUCACUUAUAUUAUGGCGGCUGCACUCGUUCCCAAUAGACCCAUGUUCACAGCUGUUUUCUUCCUACUUCUGCUGCUCAUUGUUCCCACGGAUGCACGGCGGAUGAAGGAGUCCGGGGCUGCAGGCAGCUUGGCGAGCCUGGUGAAAGCUGCAGAGACGAACAAGUCCGGGCCGAGCCCGGGAGUAGGGCACAAACACGGCGAGAGUAAGGCGAUGAUGAGAAGGGCUGCUGCCGUGCUUGGACAAGUCAAAGACUCGGGUCCUAGCCCUGGCCAGGGGCAUUAAUCUCUUUGCUUAAUUAAUUAGCUAAUUAGUGUGUUAUAUGCUGGCUGAUCAUGUGAUGAUAAUUAAAUAGUUAAUAAUCC